GGUGACGCGUGCCUCGAUUGCGCAGUCGAGAAUUUGAUUCCGUGCGUACGGACGUAUUUUACCGUCGUCCGUAGCGUCGCGUUUAUACGUUUUGUUUACUCUUAUUAGAUAUCAACUUUAACUAUUAGUGCGUGAUGAACCUUAAAGUUACUACGGUGUAAAGUUAAUCGCGCUACUAAACUAAAUACAAAUAUUUUUUGGUUUCUGCUAGGCGAAGAGCGUCGCGGAUGCGAUCGGGGAGUGCGUUCGCCCUGUGUUCGGCUGUGCAAUUGGACUCCGUUUCGAAGAUGUCUACGUUGAGUGUUCGUGCCCCUGGCAUCCAGGCUACCACCAUGCUGGACACAAGGUCUCUCAGAGUGCGCGGUGUCACUAAUAUUGACACAGUGCGAAGAAACUUAUUUGGGUGCACCGACAGAGAAGAGAACAGGAGAUUUGUUGAACGUGAGUUGGCUCGGCAGCUGGAAUUAGACAGUCAAAGAUGGGGCUUCGAUUUCGCAAAUGAGAAACCUUUACCGGGGCCGCAGAGAUUCGCAUGGCAACUGGUCCCUAUAUCGAGUAUCCCAGUGGCACUCAGAAGAGCACCAAUCACGGUCGCUACACCCAAGCCGAGUACACCCUCGCAGGAAACUCAAGUGGCGAGUCCAGAGAACACGAAAACCCAAAAAAGGAUAACAGAUUUCCUCAAGCCUCGAAAGAGGACGGCGAGCAAUGGCAAGAAGUCCCCCUCAGUGCACAAACAUGAGUGCGGGCACGGAGCACACAUACGCCCUCCCAAGGUCGCCCGGCUCAACCAAACGCAUUUCAAGCGCUCGAGCUAGACCCGUCCGGUACAACAGUCCGGAUGUGUCCGGACACUAACCGGACGCCUAGGCAACUGCAAUCCACGUGCAAUGCUAGACCCCGUGUAAGACUAACUGAAGCCGGGUUCGCGAGAUGCAGUGUGCAUUAUUUUAUAUCUCUUUAUUUAUUCUACGCCGGACACUAACAUGUCCGGCGACAUAUUUAAGUAAUUUGUAAGAUAACUUCAACCAUUAUACUUUAGGAUACUUGUAUAAUAUUUCUCUAUAGUUACUGUCACUCGUUACAACACAAAAUUUGCUCAACGGACCAUUAAUAUCUCUAAACUUGUAUCCGUUAAUGUGAACUCACAUUGUUAAUACACGUAAGAACAUCCUGUCAUCUCUCUUAUUCUCUAUGGAAAAACAGAGAUAACAAUAUGUUUUAAUACAACUCAGUGGAAUUUCACUAAAGGCAAUCAUUCUAACAAUAUCACAGAUGCAAUAUGGAAGUGUGACGCAUAGGUUUAAGUUUAUUAUGAUCUCUUUGACAUAUUAAUUAAGUUAUAAUAGAUUAAGUAAUAAGUUAAUAAGGCUAUAGAAGUCGGAGUAUAUAUUAAGGUUUGGAUUUAGUUCAGGUGAUUGUAUGCGAGUAAUGUAACCUAACGUUUCGCUUUGAAAAUGUUCAAACGUUGGCGGGAAUUAGAUUUCAGUCGAAAUGCGUUCGAACAUUUUCGACGAGCGUUUGGUGCGCGCUUUUUGUGUCCCCCUAUUGCGCAGGCGCAUGGGGGGACAUAAAGAACAACGGAAACGAUUGAAGAAGGCAAUAGAGUAAUAAGAUACAAAUACUCAAUUUUAUUUUGCCAAUACUAUUAAAUAAGUUAAAAACAAAUUUUAUUUAAACUAUAAUUUUUUGUGUUUGGAACAAGUAAUGUAUGGAGCCUGUCUCUAAUUAAUAUAUUCGUUUUAUUGUUGGAUAUUAAUGGAGUAUAUUCUAUAGAGGAUUUGUUUUUUUUGUUCUUACAAAUAUCUUAAACGUUUUACCAGGAUAGUUUUACGAAUGGCGUUUGCAUAUUCCCGGCACUGGACGGUGUCAGUGUGGACGCGGCUCUGUUUUAGUACAAAUUAUUUCAUUUCAGUUUAGUUAGGAGAGCCGCGUCCUACGUUAUAAAAGACAAUUCAUUUUCAUCAUAUCAUUCGAAUUCAUUCGGUUUAGUCUUAAAAGUGUUUAGAGCGAGUAAAUUGUCGCAGUUCAACCAAAGUUAAGAGUUAACUUGACAAGGCCUCGGCCGUAAUGAAAUGUUUUAAUGAAUUUCUUAUUUUGACG